AGUAUGGAGUUUCAUCAUCAUAAGACAACACAAUGGCACAAUACACAAUCAAAACGUAUAUUCUUGCUGUAUUGUCUAUACUAGUAGCUGUAACAGCAAUUCCAGCUAAUCCAGACUUUUUACUCAGUAAAGGCAAAACAUCUACUAAUGAUAUACCCAAACCGAAUUCAGGAAGUAAUGAAAAAAUUUCAGACGGUAAAAAAAACUCUAUUCCCAUAGAUCUUGAUGAACCAUUGAUAGAUCCGUCAAUUCUUGCGAAAGCAUUUGAAGAGGCAGAAGCAGAUAAUUUAGUAUCUUAUGAUGAAGGUAAUUUGCUUUUGAAACAAAAAGCUUCAGAUCAGAACAAAGAAGCAGAUAAAUCACAGAAGCAACAAAGUGUUAUAAAUAAGCAACCAAAAGAGGAGGAUUCCAAUGAUUUAACAAGUCCUGAAUUGCUGGAGGAUGACAGUAGAUCAGAACAAUCUGAUAUCUUCGGUAGUAAAGACCCAGGAUCAGACAAUGAUUUAUCGGACUCAGAAAAUAAACCUGCAGUUAUAGAAUUUAUAAAGAUAACCGAACAGGACAUACCCGAUGAUUCCAAGGUCUCGGAAAAUAAUUCAAAUGAUCGGAAUUCUCAAGAAAUUAAGGAUGUCCAACCACAAGGCCGUGUGGCUGAUGACGAGAGCCCGAAAGAGGAAAGCUCUAAUCUAUCAUCGGAGGAUGAGAAUAGUCCUGAGUUUUUCGAUUUCCUUACAAAUAAUGGUGAUGUAUUAAAUCAAGAGAUACCUAACAAAAAAAGUAGUGAGGAAAAAAUUGAUAACGAGAAAGGUGUUAUUUCACAAGAACAGCUGUUACCUUUCAUUGAUAAUUCAAUAUUUGAACAUAUCAAUGAUAACGAAAACCAAACCCCAACGGAGCGAGUCACUGAGAACGAACAUUCGGAAUACCAAACUUCUUCUCCGCAAUCGAAUGAACAAAAUUCUGAUGAUAUUGCAAAACCUGACAGAGAUGAACAUCUUAUUAAUUCUGAUUCACCUGUCUCAAUAUCAAAUAUUGAUAAUAUAUUUACUAAUUUAGAACCCACCAAAUCAGAAAGCGAAGAAGACGGAGAUCAUAAAGUAAAUAUACCUGAAGCUCCUCAGCUACCUCCAUUAGACCCUUCAAUAUUCGAAUAUAUAAAAGAAGAUUCCAAAGAACCUGAACUUAGCAAACCCAACGAAAUAGUACCAACAUCUUCCACGCAUUAUGAGGACAAAGACCCUAUGUAUCUUAUAGAACCAGAAAAAAAUCAACAAAUAUUUAACUCUGAUUCUCUUGCUCCCAUUGAUAAUAGUGAUAAAAUUUCAAGCAAUGUUUCACCCCCAAAAUCAAAAAGUAGUGAAGAAAAAGAUGAGGACCAAAAGGUGGUUAUUCCUGCAGCACCAGAACUUCCUCCAAUUGAUCCCGAGGUACUUGAAUACAUAAAAGAAGAAGGUGCACCUCAAGUGCAAGAUAACGAUGAACAGAAAUUGCCAGUAGAGAAUUCUGAAGAACUAGAAUAUCCCGUCAGAGAACCAAAUUACGAGUAUCAUUAUCCACAAAUAGUUAAUAAACCCAUUGAGAUUAUUCCAGAACUCAAUGGAGAAGACGAAAAUCCCAUAUAUUUCAACAAACCUAAGCCGUCAUUUUUCUCAAACUUGUUUUCUUAUUUGCCGUCUUUUCCUUUCUCUCUAUCAUAUUUACCAUCCUUUAAUUGGCCAUUCAAACGUUCAUCUUUUAUAAAUUCACCCAGAGAAAGGUAUCCAGAGUACUAUAGAAUAAUAGAAUAAGAGUAUUAUAUAAAAAUCAUGUUUAUAUAAUAAACCGAUGAAAAUGCUAAUUCUUCUUUCAUUUUUUCCCUUUUAACUCUUUCACUUUUAACGUCGUUUCAAGAUAAAUUUUUACUAAAUUAUUCUGUACAAUUGGAAUAAUUGAAUACCAUAGUUUUACAGAUUCACUUACUAAAUUAUGAAUACGAUAUAGCUUUAUGAUUCUCAUUUGUUAUAUGAUUUAUUACAUUAAUUCAUUCAUUAUUUGACAAUUGUUGCUACCAGGUUAAACGGGACAAAAUUCAAAGCUCCUGAUGAUAAUAACCACUUUUUUAUUGAGAUAUUUAUACUAUAGCUUCUAUAAAACUUUUCGUUAGUUCAUUUAUUCACACGUUUUUUAUUAAAUAAAUAUUUUUAUGAGGUUUCGGGAUAAUCAAGGUAAGAAUUUUGUUUGUCUAUAAGACUGUAUUCUACUAAUUUAAGAAAUAGCUCUGUUCAAUUUGUGCAUGCUGCGUUAACCUUUAAUUACUUGUUACGUUUUCGCAAGAAUAUUUGUUAUAAUAUACUAUUUAUAUGUAAAAAUCAUUGUAAACUAAUGUUGGUUGAUCAAAUAAAUAAAUAAACACUGUCUUACAUUUAAAUACAGUUGCAGGUUUUGUAUACGGUAUGUAAAAGUAAUUUAAGUAUAUUGUUGAAAUCCUUACAACUGAUUUUGUAUUGACUAUUUUUAAUACCCGAAAUUAAGUAUUUUAACUUAUUAUAUUAAAUGUAUGUACAUGGAAAGUUUCAAAUAUUUAUAUAUAACAAUAGAUUUGUUUCAGAGAAUACACAUUUUUAUUCAUAAUUUAUUACAAACACAUGGGAACAUAAAAUUAAGACGUAAAUGAAUUACAUUACACUUUGAAACUUGG